GAUGAUAUGUUUUGAGGUUACGUUUGUUAAAUGUUGUCAAUCAGUUUGUGUUAAUUCGGCUCUGUGAUUCGGCUUUAGCGUUUAAGUAAUUAUUAUAAAAUAGGAUAGAAAACGUAUGUUAUACACUGGAACUAUCCUGGUUAAUUUCUAAGAAGCAUGGGGCAUAAAGGAUUUCGAAUAAUCGUCGAUUUAAGCGCCUUCUACAAAGACCAUAGAAAUGUGGCAAGAAUUUUUAUAGAAACUAAGAAAAUGAGCAAGAUUCAGGAUGUAAAAGAGCACAUUGCAUCGCUAUUUCAUAUAACAGACUUUUUCUUAGUGGCAACUGGUCAUUUUCUACCGGAUUCAGAGAAUAUUAGUGUGUUGAAUAAUGAAGAACUGGUGGUGGUUACUCCUAAUAAUGCUGACCUAGCCAGGGGUCCUCCUCAAAAGUCAGAAGUUGCAAUUGAAACUUCUGGACCUAAAAAAAAGAAACGAAAAGGGUUCAUGGAACCGAUUCCAGAGGAAGUCCCUGCAAAAUUGAAAAAACGCCAUAAAUCCAAAAAAUCGAUCACAUAUAAUGUGGAAGAUUCAGAUGAAACCCCGCAAGAAACUGAGACACCAACGCCCUCAGUAGCGCCAAGCACUGUUAUUAGUUCCUAUCGAAUGCCGUGUCUGGAUACAGCCGUUCGGCUUUCUCGCCGGGCGGAUUCUCCAAUCGUAGUCACCAAAUAUGCCCCACCUGCAAUGAUAACAAGCAAAUAUUUGGCGGAAAAGAAAAUAAAUAUUGUUAAAAUUGAUCUAAUUAAGAACGAUUCUGAGGCUCAGAGCAUCAGCAAGGAAGAAUGCGAGCUGAAAAGUAAUGAGAUAAUUCCAAAAGAGUUAGUCAAGCACGAUUCCAGUGGGAAUGUUUCUUUGCUCGAGAAGAACUUUGUCCCUAGAACUGAAGCUUCAAAUUACACAAAAAUAUUCUUGGAUCAGAAGGAUGCCAAUUCACCAAUCCUUGUUAAUCAAAGCAGUGAUCGUCCACAAAUUGCACCUCAGAGCCUCCUAGAUUUGCCCGAGAAUCUUCUCGAUAUGACUCCGUCUUCAAAUAAUUUGGCUGAUAUCACUGUUGAUAUCUUAGAGAACGUUAGUAGUACCGCUGUAGUUGUUCAACCGUUAGAAGUGCCUCCAGCAUCAACUACGAAUACUCAGGCAGACCCAAAAAAUGCAUUGAGUGGCGAACUUAUUGGACCAAUCCUCUCUACCAGUACCAUCACUGAAGAUAUUGAGGAUCCGAUGAAAGUUGCAUUGGAACCAACGACUAACAGCCAAGCAUCCGACCUUGUAGCAAAAAAGAAAUUUAGCUUUGGGCUGAUGGGGCCUUUAUUAGAGCAACUAAGGGAUGGUGUUGGGGAAUCGGCAGAUACGACCAGUACGUUACAGCUGCUGGGCAAAAGAAAACGCAUUCGGAAACAUCGAAAACGGUCCAAAACAGCUAACAUUUUGGAAAAAGUACCCGCUGUCUUGCCCUCUUAUUCUACACCACAAUCCUCGUUUUCCUCUACUACUGGUCCCAGUCUACAUCUGAAGUUCGAAUCAGAUGAAGAAAACGCUGCAGAACCAGAGAACAAAAAGGAUAAUGUAGAAACUUCAUCGCUGUUAACUGCUAAGGGAAAAUUUUAUCCAGAAAGGCACGAUUUCAAAUGGGAUCAGUUAUUGGGAGCCAGGUUAUUAUACCCGUAGCCGGUAAUCGCAGGCAGUGUUUCGUUUUCAUUUAGAAACAAGUUGCUGCAAUACAAUUAUACAUUAAUAUUUAUUUUUUUAUUAAAAAAGCGUACGCAUU